UCUGAUGGGAAUUUUCUCUCCCAUCAGAGGUCAGCAUCAUUGUGAAAACAAAGUACUGUUGUGAAUCUUGCUGCAAAAGGAAGGACUUUUUCUAGUCUACGGUAGUGGUUCCAAAUGCUUGUUCUAGCUACGUUUGAGUAGAAAACAUAAGCUGAUAUUUCUUGCGAUUUCUGGUGUUGGCGAGAGAACACAGUAGACCGGAGCAGUGAUACACAUACGCAGUCAGCUUCCGAACAAAGAUGGCUAACGUCGGAGGACCAGUAUCGUCUUCACGACAUACAAUCAGAGACACUGCAUAUAGCAGCUUCGGUCCUGACGACAGAAUGGACGUUGAAUUAAUUUCGGGGAACACCUCAACAGACAGCACAGGCCUGGACAUUGGAAUUCGGGCAACCGGUUCAUCAAAUUGCAGUGGCGCGGAAGAGGAUGAGCCUGAGGGCCUCGAUAGAAAUCGGGGAGCCGGGUGCUCGAGUUCGCAGUGCCCGGGAGAGGGAGCGAUGCUGAGCGGCGGGAGGGAGCAGGAGGUUACGGUCGAAAUAGGCGAGACGUAUCUGUGUCAACGAGCGGACAAAACUUGGCAUUCAGCAGAGGUUAUCCAGUCCAGGCUGAAUGAGCUGGAGGGAAGAGAGGAGUUCUACGUCCACUAUGUGGGCUUUAACCGACGUCUGGAUGAGUGGGUGGCCAAGGCACGUCUGGCUCUGACCAAGACAGCGAAGGAUGCUGUGAGCAAGAGUGUGGAAGCGGAGGGUGCUGGGGAGCUGGGGGAUCAGCCUGAAAGGAAGAUCACCCGAAACCAGAAGCGUAAACAUGAUGAGAUCAACCAUGUUCAGAAGACAUAUGCGGAGAUGGACCCAACAACAGCUGCUCUUGAGAAGGAGCACGAAGCGAUCACUAAAGUAAAGUAUGUAGAUAAGAUCCAGAUUGGCAAUUUUGAGAUCGAUGCCUGGUACUUCUCCCCCUUCCCAGAGGACUAUGGAAAGCAACCCAAAUUGUGGAUUUGCGAGUACUGUCUGAAGUAUAUGAAGUAUGAGAAAACCUUCAGAUACCACCUGACUCACUGUCAGUGGAAACAGCCACCAGGGAAGGAGAUCUACAGGAGGAACAACAUCUCAGUUUAUGAGGUGGAUGGUCGAGACCAUAAGAUCUACUGUCAGAACCUGUGUCUCCUGGCAAAACUGUUCCUGGAUCACAAAACCCUGUACUUUGACGUGGAGCCAUUUAUCUUCUACAUCCUGACUGAAGUGAACAGACACGGGGCGCACAUCGUGGGAUAUUUCUCUAAAGAGAAGGAGUCUCCAGAUGGGAAUAAUGUGGCAUGCAUCCUUACACUCCCCCCUUAUCAGCGCAGAGGAUAUGGGAAAUUUCUAAUCGCUUUCAGUUAUGAGCUGUCGAAGCUUGAGAGCACAGUGGGGUCACCAGAGAAGCCCCUGUCAGACCUUGGGAAGCUUAGCUACCGGAGCUACUGGUCUUGGGUGCUGUUGGAGAUCUUGAGGGAUUUCCGGGGGACGCUCUCCAUUAAGGAUCUCAGUCAGAUGACCAGCAUCACCCAGAGUGACAUCAUCAGCACACUGCAGUCACUGAACAUGGUGAAGUACUGGAAAGGGCAGCACGUUAUCUGUGUGACACCCAAACUGGUGGAGGAACACCUCAAGAGUGCCCAGUACAAGAAGCCACCCAUCACAGUGGACACACUCUGUCUGAAAUGGGCUCCACCCAAACACAAGCAGGCCAAGUUGUCCAAAAAGUGAAGGUGAAGAGGCUUGUGCAGUAGUCUGUCUGUAAAAGCAUGUCAAUCUCCAUUUCUUUCCCUUGUUUUCUUUGUUCUGAGUUUAAGUUCACUUUAAAACAUGUA